UGUGGGACAUGCCCCAGCUUCACAGAAGGACCUGCAUUAUGGGAAGUGAGAUGUCUCUUCCUUUUUUACAGCUGGACAGCCCCUCCCCCAGCUCCAGGCUCCAGACAGCUGUCCAGAGACCUUGAGGGGCAGGUGGGUGCUGACUGUCCCUAGCUGCUGAGCUGCUGAGAGAUUUUUUUCCCCCUGCCUGUUUACAAUGUUUAAAGAGACUGCCCAUCAUAGGGAGCACAAUGCGCAGUCUUCUCAGAAGUGAAGCUCAGGCCGCUAUUGCACAGAGCUGGAGAUGCCCAGUUUACCUGCUCUUUCAUUGCUGCAGUGGCCUCUGCAAAGUAAAAAGUCUUCAUAGAGAGGCCAGAAGAGGAUGCCAGAUCCCCUGGAAUUGGAGUUACAGCCAUGUGGGUUAUAGGAAUUGAACCUAGGUCUUCUGGAAAUACAGCCAAUAUCUCUCCAGGGUCUUGCUAUGUAGUUCUAGUUGGCCUAGAACUCACUAGGUAGACCAACUUGGCUUCAAACUGAUGGAGAUCCACCACACCCAGCUAACUUUUAAGAGAUCUCCCUGUCAGCUCCCCAGCAUGACACUGCAGUGUCUCAUACUCCUGGCUGGCCUCUUGAUGGGAGGCAUGAGCAAGUCUACAGAAAGCAAGGCCCAGCAACCUGAGUGUUGCAUGGAUGUGGUAGACUUCAAUGCUACCUGCCCAGGCACAGGCCUGUGUGGCCCAGGUUGCUACAGGCUCUGGAAUGCAGAUGGGAGUGCUAGCUGUGUCCGGUGCUGGAAUGGAACCCUCCCCACAUACAAUGGCUCUGAGUGCAGAAUUCUCACUGGCCGGGGCAUGCAGUUUCCCAUGAACAGAAGCACAGGGACACCUGGACAGCCACAUUUUGGGACUCCUCAUGUGGCAGCUUCCCUCUUCCUGGGGACACUCUUCAUCAGUACAGGCCUCAUCCUCUCUGUGGCUGGGUUCUUCUACCUCAAGCGCUCCAGUAAACUUCCUGAGGUUUUCUACAGGAAAGACAGAGCCCCUGUCCUGCAGCCUGGUGAAACAGCUGCGAUGGUCCCCCUGCCUCAGUCUUCAGUGAGGAAGCCAAGAUACAUCAGACGUGAGCAGCACCCAGACAAGAAUAGGGAUCCUUCUGCCUUCUCCACAGUGGAGGCCCACAUCAGCAACGUCUGACCUGGAAGUCACCUGAGACUUCACAGCACAGCAUUGGAGACCCAAGGCUCCCUCCCAACACACAAAGGGCCUCGGGCUUAAGAUAGGCCAGAAUUGGCUCCCAGUGACAGAUAUAUACAAAUGCUAAGGGGAGCUAACUUCCAUGCCAUGAGAUCUUCUGUCCCACCCUUACUGUGUGGUUUAACAGGAGUAACCAUCUGUUUGUGAGACCUGAGACUCAAGAGCAAGUCAUAUGGAGUCUGGGCCCCUCAGGAGUCACAGCAAAGUUCCAGCAUCUGUAACAGCUACAAUACAGUCCUGAUCCAAAUGGUCAAAACUUCUGGAGGCCACCCAGUGGAACCCAUGUUAGAUAAGACUCUUUCCAUCACCACCAAGCUAAGAAGAAUGAAACCAAGGCCCAGACAAUGGAGAAAACAACCUGGAAACUGGUACCAGAGAUAGGUUGCUCCAGCACUGGCCUGCUAAUUUAUCUGCUGACCUCCAAGGCAUAGAUUUCUGAGAGUUGCAGAAUUGAGUGUCCUGGGUUUCCUGAUUCCAGAGACCAGCAGAACCUAGUCUCUCAGGGACAGACUCCCAGCCAGCUACCUUUCAGGCUGAAUACUCAUAGUAAAAUGUUUAACCAUGAGGCUUCCAUACCUGAACACUUGUAGGUCACUUGUGUCAUUGGGCUUGUGAGAGCAUGCUGGUCAGUGGUCCUGUCUUUGCUAUUGCAAGCCUCCAGAAGCAGUGCCUGUGAGCUACCAGUGUGGCUGGUGGCAUUGGCCAGUAGCUCCUGUGGAAGAAGGUGCCCUGUUAACCAAUGCCACCCUCCCUCUAUGGGCCAAGGGUGUCUAGCAUCUUCUUCAACAUCAGGCCCACAUCUGAUCUUAAUAAUAGUGUUAUGAGCUUACUUUCCAAUACUUGAACCAGUGGCCAAGAUAGCAGCAGUGAUUUAAAGUUGGACCAAUUAAACUAGACUAGAUUUUC